CGUAGGCAUUCCUUCACUGUCAGUGUGGAGAGACGGCGGCAUCGGUGAACCCACCCCCCCUUAAAUCCUUCUCCGGCUGUAAAUUAUGGAAGAGAUUAAUAACAUUGAAGUCGUUCCAUGCACAGAGUCCAACUACCUGAAACCGUUCCGGGUGCACUAUAAUCAGAAUGGCACAAAAAAAUCCUGGGACUUUAUGCGUACUCACGACAGCGUAUCCGUCCUGAUCUUCAACACAACUUCACACUGUUUCAUCCUCGUCAAGCAGUUUCGUCCAGCUGUGUACAUGUGCGAGUGGGAAAAGAAAAAGACGAAGACCUCUCAGGGCGCCGAGAAGACCGAGGAGGGAGACGCUUCCGAAUCUCAAGAAGGCCAGUCGGCCCCGGCUGAGGCGAGCUCCUCCCCGUGGCCCCCGGCCUCGGCGGGGGUCACCUACGAGCUCUGCGCCGGUCUGGUGGACAAACCCGACCUCUCGCUGGAAGAGAUCGCCCGGCAGGAGGUGCUGGAGGAGUGUGGCUACGACGUACCAGCUUCCAAGCUGAAGAGGAUUACUUCAUACAGAUCAGGCGUGGGCGUAACGGGCUCUAAGCAGACCAUGUUUUACGCCGAGGUGUCCGACGACAACUGCGUGAGCGCCGGCGGAGGCGAGCCGCGCGAGGGCGAGCUCAUCGAGGUCGUCAAAGUCCCGCUGCACGAGGCCAUGACGUUUGCCUACGACGAACGUAUACCCAAAACCAUGGGCGUCAUUUUUAGUUUCAUCUGGUUCCAUAAUAACAUGUCUCCCAAGUACAAGAUUUCUACCAACGUGUAACUGGCAUUAGUUUAGCCACUCUUUUUAUUAUUUACUGCAUAUUAAAGUCCAAACACUGGCCCAGCGCACCCUCUGCUACCCUCACAGCUCAUCAUCCUCCGUUGCCUUUUUUUGCUUAUUGGUACACAAAGAAGAGUGGGCUCCUUGUCUUGUCCUUAACACUUUAUUUUUUUAAUUGUAUUUUAAUAACUCUCCUACAAACAACGGUUUGCCAUAGCUGGCUCGCACUGGCGCCUUUUCUCUUGAAUCAAUUUUUUUUGGAUAUGCUAACUAUUUUUAAUGUGCCAUCUCUUUUUAAAUGGCUUCAUAUCGCUGAUCAUAUUUGCCUGCACAAUUAAAGGAAGGCCCAUGGUGCUUUUGAUGGAGUUUUUGAAUGUUUUAUUUUGUUUUGUUUUUUUAUAUCAGAGUGGCCAUCUUUUGAGUAUCUUAGGUCCCUUUUGUAGGUUAGGCAUGGGCCGGUCCAAGAUUUUCAUGGUACGAUAACCCCGGAGUGAAACGAUUAUUGAUAUUUACACAAAAAGAGAGAAAGACAAAUGUAUAACAGGAUGCUUUUGCUUUCACCUGAAACAGAAAAGCGUAACCGUUCUUACACUUGCUCGAAUAACACUAUUUAAGGUAUAAUAUCUAGACUUAUUAUUUUGAUUUUGAUUCAUAGAAUAAAACAAUCAGACCUAGACUGUCUACCUUUUUCAUGACUGGAACUAUAUCAAACAGUUCAAUUUAUCUUUAUAGUAAGCGAGACUACGUGAAUUAGCCUUCCCUCAGCCAGCUGACUGUCAGUGCUCAGCGCCACAGGAUGGAGAGAAACUGUUGCAUUAUUUGCGCUCCACACGGAUGGAGAAAUCUCCGGUCACAUCAGUAUUUCCUGUGGCUUCUCAUUAAAUGGACUUUAAACCGUGAGAACGGUUGACGGCAAUCCCCGGCCCAUGCCUGCUGUAGAUGGUAGCUAACAUUUCUGAUUUGCAACAUCGGAGUGAUCGUCUCAGCUCAACACUUCAGACUUCUCUCUGGCUAAAUCAAAUACACGGCACCUAACUUUGCACUUAAUAUAACCGGAAUAUGAUACAGUGGCAUAAUCCGGCUAACGGCUAUCUCGAUAACGCAGGCGCUCGCCAUUCAGAAACGCUAAAGCCCUAACCCGUUUAUAACUAACCUACAAGCUGUAUUUAACUAGGAGGGUAAGCCACAGUAGACCCUUUAUUAAAAGUCACGUUGUAAAAUUGUCUUGCUGCAUGACUGUGACAACAUGCAGCAAGGUGGUUAUGUUUUUGCAGUAGACUUUUUCGUUCACCCUGAAUCCGAGUUGGAAAACAAAGAAUCGCCCAGUUAUGCAAAAACGAUGUUUGAGGUGUUCAGUCAAGCCAUAUAUGUAAUUUCUCUGAUCCCCCAUCCUCUUAAGCAAUAGCUGUGCUACUACCCAACGCCGAACAAUCACUUUAACGUCCUUGAAAUGAGAGCCAGGUGAGAUAUAAUCAGCCCUGGAUCGCCACACAGGGACAUCACACACCGGACUUCGCUCUGAGGGCGUUGAAGCACAAUCAUGUCAAGAAAUGCUGUACAACAAACCUAAAUCUGGUAAGAAUUAGGGUCAUUGUGUUAAAUCUCGCUCCAAGUUAGGGACUAAGUUAAGAUCGGAAACAAACUUUUCUCUUUAGUUUUGUCCAAACUUUUUGCCAUUGGGCAGCACAAAUGUCAAGCUCAAAUUUUGUUUUGUUUUUUUAUUAAUUCCAGAAACAUUUUCUUUUAAUUUUUAACAAAACAAAAAAAUUAAUCUAAUUUCUGUAUAAAGGGAUCUGUAAAUCACUGUAAAUCUGAAACAAACAAGGUCUCAUUGGGUGUACCCCUGUGUUUUGUCAGGAUGUGGCUCAGUCUUGCUUUAUGUUUGGAGUCCUAAUUACUAGCAAACAAAAUCAAAAGCAAAAAAAAAACAUGGUUGACAAAAGCUUGCACCUCACAUUUUCUAUUUAAGAAGAUUUUAACUUGCCUCUCUCUUUUUCAAAAGACAUGAUUGAAAAUUGUACCUAAAUUGAGUUGGCAAACCAAAUUUCAGCCAUUCUUAAAUUGUGGUCGAGUGUCGCACAUAAUCAUAAUCACAUAGAUAAAUUCCCUCUUAAAGGCAUCUUUGUUUUAAGAGUUCAGGUGAACCUACCUUUGUACAUAAUUAGUAAGACAAAUGGGUUCUUUUAUAAAAAAAAAAAACUUUGACUUUACAUCAUAGGAACUUUAAGACCAUAAACAACAUUUCCAAACAGAAAAUCCUUUCUAUUCAUGCGUUACUGUGUCAAAAAAACCUCCAACUCCCAUCAACACACAGCUAAUCUCUGAUCAUCAGCAAAUUGCCAAAUCUCAGGUCCAAGUAUUUAAACUUUAUAUGUCAACAAAUCUUUGAAUGUGACAAUGACCAGCAUGUCAUAACAAUCCUAAAACAUCCCAUUUCAAAAUCACUACCAGCUUGUGUAGCUGAAGACGUCCUCUGUUCGCACCCAUAUUUUCAUUGACGAAGGGCUGGUAAAUCACUAAUUGCUUCAUAUGUGAAAACAAAGUAACUCCCACAUAGAAGUGUUAAAAUAAUAUGCAAGAGCUGAAACAAAGGCCAUAGUCUUUGUGCAAGACGGUGAUGUUUAUGUGAAGCGGAUACCGCGCCUCACAAUGAGAAGAAGGCCAAAUAAAUGGAACUGGUAUGUUGUUAAUUGCACCGCCCGCGUACAGUGCUGGUAUUCUGUCACCACGAGGCGGCCUUGGGACAUGUAAGGCUAUUAUUUGGAACAGUGCGAAGUGCAAUGUAAAAAAAAAAAAAAAACGCUUUGAAAUUAAUUACAUGGCGAUUGUGUUACUAGGACGUAGUUAAUAAAAUCAAAUGUAAGAUUUGGCUAGUUGUUUAAACAAAAUUUUGGUUUCAUUUAAGAAUCGUCUAAGGUCUUUUUUAUAUAUGUUUUUUUUUUUUGUUUGUGUGUGAAAAACUAGGUGCUGAGUUUUAGAAACAGGGUUAUACAUUAAGUUUCCAUCACUUAGCAACAGCUGAUCCUGCAUAUUAUAUCAACAAAGCCCACCCAUUACAACAGAUCAUACAAAGACCUCUCUCUGAUGUGGAAUUUCUCUUUAUUUCAUAUAAAAAAAGAUACUGUAUCCUCUGAAAUCAUCUAUUAAGCAGAGUCCACAAUUGUUUACAAAAACAGAAGACUAAAGCGUGCUCAAAGAGAAACUUUAACACUUCUCUGAUGUCUUAAGGCCCCCUUUACACCUGAGUAAGACCACACUAUGGUCUCAAGGACCUCUACUACAGUUUGAACACUGGUGGAUCAUGGAAAAUUUGGAAAACUAAUUCCAGUGUGAAGGCAAUAAUGACCUUUUUUUUCAGCCUCUUUCCUGGCUAUCCUAUCCCUUUGCUGCUACUAUAGGGACAUUGUCUGCACUAGGGUGCAAUUAUUAUUUAUCUGCCUAACUUCCCCAUUGGUAUGGAAGUUUUCUGCACCUCAACCAUCGGUUUCAGCCCAUGGAGCUGGACAAAACACAAUCAGUAUUUUCAUCAAAUAUCAGGAACGAUGGCGUAUUCGGGUAAAUUGGUAUUGUGUACAGAGCAAAGCACACUACCAAUUAGGAUUUUGUACAAUAACUUUAAUCAUGUGCAGCACUUUGGGCACAUUUCUGGUUCCUGCACCCAAAGUCUGUUUUUUUUUUGUUUUUUUAACUGAUUUUUCUGAAUUGGUCAUAUUAGCCUUGAUCCAGCUAUUUGAUAAUUGUGUUGUAAACCCCAUAAAUCACUGUUUGGACUCUUUUUUUUUUUCAUCAUCUGCUCAUUUUUGAAGUCGCUAGCAUGGCUUAUCCUUGACAGCACCACAAGUAGAUUUAAGAUUUAAACUGCAACCGAAAAUAUUCCUAACAGUUAUCAUCUCCCAGCUACCUAUAUGCACAAUUUGGAGGUGUGUGCUCUUCACCCUAGAUGGGAGGGUUGUAAUAAUUUAGGCUACUUGGAGUGCUGUCAACCCAGCGUGAGCGUGAAAAAGUGUAAUCCUGGCGUGGAGCAAGCACAAACACUUGUUUAAGUAAGGUGUACAUGGGCCACAUGUCAUGAAUGAGUUAAAGCAGGCUCCCCUACACAGCUACCAGGAGCUAGUCAUUCUGCCACCAUCAUAAUGAACUACGACAAUCUUACGACGUGCAUGCUCGAAGAAGUCUGGGAACACUUUAUCACAAGUAAUGGGGAGCAUACUAUGUUUUUGCACCCAUAAGGCCCUGUGGUAGGCCCUGCAGAAACCAUCCAUGUUCCAGCAGAUUUUAAAUUAAUUUUUCCAUUGUGCUACGGUCUUAGCUGUAAAGGGGGCCAAAGCAGCUUUAGUUUUAGUUGAGAAGUCAACGCUCAAGUCAUAAGGCAAAAGACUACCUUUUCUGGUUUACAGAAAUGCCUUGUCGGACCAGUGGACUCUCACUUUUGUUUGUGGACUGGGGAAAACAGACAAUCAAGUUUAGACAUUUUUACAUAAUUUGUGAGAUGAAAUUUCUGUUUAUCUCUCAGAUUCUGCAAUCUUGCCGGCUCAGCCUUACUAGCCGGCAUUGCAGUGCUUUUCCACCUUGAGGUCUUACUACUUGCACAAAGAAAUAUUGUUUUUAUCAAAUACCCAUAAUAGAUUUGAUCAAUUUCACCACCAUUUAUGGAUUAUUUUCUGCCCAAGCUGUAUUCAAAAACAUGCAUAUAUUCUUAAAGCCACACAUGGUGAGCCACUGAGCUCCCAUCACAUAAUUUUGGAUAGAUUUCUUUACUGUUGACUUUUUUAAUAUUCCCCAACAAUUAUUUAUAACAUAAAAAUAGGCAUAAGUCAGCUUUUCCAAUAUGUAUCCGUAAAACUCUUGAUUGAAUAUACUUCCAUGAUCAGAAACCACAACAUGACGCUUUAAUCUGUUACGGUGAAAGAUGUCACAACCAUAAGGCAGCUGUGGAUUUUUAAAUGCAAGUCAUAGCUUCACUUUACAUAUUAACCAGCGACUGUAGAAACAUGGCAAGAAAAAAGAAAAAAGCGAUGCUGCUCAUUUUACAAAAUUAAGCAAGGCUAGAGCCAUAAACCAUUAAGGGAAAAAAUAUAUUUUCAUAGUAUUCACCACAAAGUGUAAGUUUGCUUCUGGUUUGACUUUAUGUAAAUGUAACAAAAAAAAAAAGCCAUUAAACUUGAAGGCCAGUCUGUAACUAAAUGUGCCUAUCAAAUGUGGACAGCAGUAGUGUGUCUAAGCCUACUGCUCUUAUAAUUUUUUAUGUAUGUAUUUCCAAUGCUGUUUUUGGGUUUCUAUCUUUGGAUUGAAAACUUAAGUCGAAUAACAUCCAAAGGCUGUCGAAAACUUGAUGAAACCCCAUAAGAACGGUGGUUCAAAACAACUUAAACAUUAAUAGAAAGUCUGACUUUUCCUAAAAGCACAACUCUUAUGAAAUGUGGAGUUUCUUGCAUUCUGUGUACUUUUCUUUUCAUCAUAGCACAGCCAAAUAGAUGAGGCUGUGCUUGUUUUUAAAAGAAAAAAAAAAGAGAAACUAUCACAUGUUCGUAAAUAAAUGUACUGCACGUCUCUCUCUAAGAUAAGGACAAGAAAUCCAUUUGUUAUGAUGUAAAAGCUGCAUUUGGAUUAACCCAGCCUAAAAAAGAAAGUAGUCCACGCAUCAAAGGGCAAAGCAUCUGCAAAGUUUGAAGAUUAUGUAACUGAGCGUCAGUUGUUGGCAAAGUUGACAGCAAAAAGCAAACAUGCAGAGCGGUGACACUUCAGGUUCAGAUGGUUCCACCUGAUUCACUGAGAAGGCAGUCAUGCAGCAGAAAGAAAUGCGACGUUAUGUUGGGCCAUAUUUUAGGAUUAUAGUUUUUCAAAGCCCGUGGAAAAAAAACAAGCUUUGUUUUUUUUAAAAAGUAGGUUGCUCAGAUAUGUGAAAUUGUGGUAAAGAAGAUCUUAAACAUAAAUACCAAAAAAAAAAAAUUGGAAACCAAAACUUUAUUUCUGUUGUUUCUGGGCUGGAGCGAAUUACUAUAUGUAAACUAAUCACCUAAAAUUUGGAAAUUAUUAAAAAUUUUCACCUGUUUUUAUUUUUUACGCAGCAGAAAUAACCAAUAUUUUGUAUUCUGAGUAGUGAAUAACUCCUGCUUAAAGGCAGCUAACAGUAGGCAUCAGGUUAUGAUUUAUUACACAUUUAGUAACAAAUUCAACAAAUAUACUAAAUUGUCUUCAUGAAGUCUAAAGUCAGCCCGAGUUUGGUACUUCAUUACAGCAUUGAAUGCACUUUGGACAGUUUAGAGUGAGGUUACAGACUGAGCCACAGGUAAGCCAUAUUUAUGCUACUUAAGGUAAUCUAAUAUUUUUAAGAUGAAUAAAUCAUGUAUGAGCUGGAUUUUAGCCACUUUCCCUGCGUUUCUACCUCCAUCACUCAGGCCCACAACAAACGUUUUGUCGUUUUUUUUUUUUUUUUAGUUCUUUUGAUAGCUGCCUUCAGGUUAGGCAUGGUCUUUUAAGGCUUUUUUUUCAGAUCCUUAGUGCUCCACAACACUAAUAAAUAACGAGUCAAUACUUAGUGGUUCUCAGCGGUCACAGGAUAAAAUCAUCAAUACAACAGUUUAAUAAAUGUACAUGCUCUCUUUGCUUCCUCAAAUGUGAUGCGUUCUUGUUUUCUUUUGUUAAGGAUUUGUGCAUUUGUUUCACAACUUCUUACCGUGUUUCCGACAAUGUCUCAAGGUGGAAAACUUUUAAAGGUGCUAUGUGUAGUGUCCUCUGAGAGAAGAAGACGUGUUGCUCUUAAAUAAUGCCGCUGUCCAGGCCUGAACAGUGCUUAAUUACCUCUUGUCAUUCGACAUAAUCAAUGGUUCUUGUUUUGCUGAGGAGUCCUGAGAAAUGCACUUUGAUCGUGUGCAGGUCGGUCACUUUUGCUUCUCUGCUCGCCGUCUGGAGGCCAACAUUUUCAGAAAGCGACUCUAAAGUGGUUCAAAGUGACGUUAUGUUGUAGCACUUGUUGAUCUAUUUGGUAAAGUAAUGUUCAGCGAAAAUCCUACACACAAUACCUUUAAGUGAAAGACAUGUUUGGAGUUUCUCUUAUUGUAAAACAUGAGUCAAAUGUGAUUCUUUUUUUCUUCUCUUUUUUUCUGGUGUCUCACAGAAAUUGUGUUUUUAAAAAAAAACAUUUUCAUAAAAAAAAAAGCUAUAAAUACAAACAUUGCUGAGAUAUUAUUUUCUGUAUUUAAUGCUUUGUUAAAAGUGUAUACACAUUGUGGGCGGUGUUUCUAGUAAUGCUUAUGUUUUGUUAAUUUAUUACCUAAAUGUUGAAAUAUUCACAUUUCAAAUAAAAUAAACUUGGUACAAACAUAGUACAGUGAUAUCUUAAACAUUGCAUGUGCACUAACUGUGUUGGAUUAAACUGCAUUAAGUUCAAAAUAAAAUGUGUUUGAUGCCCUAAAA